AACUGUUAUUUAACAUAAAAAUAAAAAAAAAAUUCAAAUCUUUUCCAACUCGUAAAUUCGGUGAGUUGACUCAUGGCCACCGCUGUAGCUUCCGUCGCGAAGAAAACUGCUGCGGCUAAGAAAGCGAAAUCGGCUUCUUCGCAUCCUCCAUUUUUUGAGAUGAUUACGGAUGCGAUUCUUACGUUGAAGGAGAAGACGGGAUCGAGCCAAUAUGCGAUCGCGAAAUUCAUCGAAGAAAAGCAUAAGCACUUGCCGUCGAAUUUUCGAAAGCUUUUACUUGUCCAGGUGAAGAAGUUUGUUGCUUCUGGAAAGCUCGUCAAGGUUAAAGCUUCUUUCAAGUUACCUCCGGCCUCUGCCGUAGCUAAGAAGCCUGCCGCCGUGAAGCCUAAAGCUGCAUCCUCUGUCGCUGCGAAAUCGAAGCCGAAGACAGCUAAAGCCGCGACAAAACCGAGGGCGAAAACGAAAGUUGCAACGCCUGUGAAGCCAAAGGCUAAAAUUGCGGUGAAACCAAAGGCUACUCCAAAGGCUAAAUCUAAACCGGCGGCCAAGCCAACUAAGGUGGCAAAGACGGCUAAGAAGAGUUCGCCAGGGAAGAAAGUAAAGGCUCCAGCUAAGAAGAAGGCGGUGGUGACGAAGAAGCCUAAGAGUGUGAAAUCGCCGGCUAAGAAAGCGGCGCCAAAGAAGGCGAAGAAGUGAGGAGAAAGGAGUGGUUGCUGUGGUGGUUUUUUUUGUCGUUUGCAGAGGGUGUAAAUUUGCUGGUGAAAUAGGGGUAGUUCGGGGAUUUUAUAUUGAUAUAAGUAUAGUUUUUUUUUUUUCAGGUUUUUUCUUUUUUUUUUUUAAAUAUAAUUAGGUUGUAAUUGUAGCUUUGCUUUGGUAGUUUAAUGGAAAAAAGAAAAUUG